CGAGCAUGCGCUUCGCCCGUGUCAUCGCGGUCUGCCUCGCGGCCCUCGCCGCGCCCACGGUCGCCGACGUCGAGACGCACGAGUACAAUGCGGCGGAAGAGGUCGUCGUCUGGGUCAACAAGAUUGGCCCGUUCAACAACCCGCAGGAGACGUACACGUACAACUCGCUGCCGUUCUGCAAGGCGCCGGGCCUCGAGCUUCCGGAGGCCCACGCGCUCGGCAUUGGCGAGAUCCUCGAGGGCAACGAGCUCUUCAACUCGGGCAUGGCGGCAACGUUUGGCGUCGACACGGACAUGACGACCAUGUGCUCGCAGACGUUGUCGGCAUCGGAAGCCCAAGAAUUCAUCGACGCGGUCGACGAGCACUACUGGUACCAAAUGAAUGUGGACGACUUGCCCGUAUGGGGUCUUGUCGGCAAGGUCGUCCAGGCCGACGACGAGCCGGAGCUCGUCAACGAGUUUGCCAUUGGCACGCACCUUCUCUACACGCACAAGAAGUUUAGUAUCUCGUACAACGGCCCGCACAUCAUCCAUGUCAACCUCACGUACGCCGACGUGGCGACGCCGAUCCAAGCCAACAAGAAGAUCGACUUUACCUACGAGGUGUCGUGGACCAAGACGGACAUUGCGUUCGACGACCGGUUCGAUCGCUACCUCGAGGACGAGUUCUUUGAGCACCAGAUCCACUGGUUUAGCAUCUUCAACUCGUUCAUGAUGGUCAUCUUCCUCUGCGGCCUCGUCGCGCUCAUCUUGCUGCGCACGCUCCGGAACGACUAUGCGCGCUUCGCGGCCGACGACGACGAGCUCCUCCUCGAGCCCGGCCACACGAGCUCGAUGCUCAAGGACGAGUCGUCGGCCGGCUGGAAGCUUUUGCACGGCGACGUGUUUCGCGCCCCGAAGAACCUGUUGCUUUUUUGUGCGCUCCUCGGGACCGGUGCCCAGUUGCUCGUGCUCACGCUGCUCGUGAUCCUCAUUUCGAUCGUCUCGUCGCUCUACAUGAAGCCCGGUGGCAUUGUCUCGGUCGGCCUCACGUGCUACGCGCUCUCGUCGCUCGCCAACGGGUAUGCCAGCGGCGCGUCGUACCACCAGUUCUUCUACCCGCGCGUCUCGAAGGACUGGAUCAAGGCCAUGGUGCUUUCGAUCGCGCUGCUGCCGUCGGUCGUCUUUGUCUCGCUCUUCUUUAUCAACGCGCUCUCGGUGGCGUACGGCACGACGUACGCCAUUCCUUUUGUGACGAUUGUGCAAGUCAUUCUGGUCUGGUUCUUCGUCUCGUGCCCGCUCUCGGUGCUGGGCACGAUCCUCGGUCGCCACGGCGCGGCCAAGAAAGGGUUUCCGUGCCGCGUCAACAAGUUUCCGCGCGAAGUGCCCGAAGCGCGCUGGUACUUGCGCCCCGUGGUGCUCGGGCUCCUCACGGGCAUCCUUCCGUUUGGCUCGAUUUUUAUCGAGAUGUACUUCAUCUUUGCGUCGUUUUGGAACUACAAGUUCUACUACGUCUACGGCUUCAUGCUGCUCGUGUUUCUCAUCCUCUCGGUCGUCACGGUGUGCGUCACGAUUGUGUGCACGUACUUUCUGCUCAACUCGGAAAACUACCACUGGCACUGGACGUCGUUCCUCGCAGCGGGCUCGACCGCGCUCUACGUGUUUGCGUACGCGAUCUACUUUUACUUUUGCAAGACCAACAUGUCGGGCUUCCUGCAGACCUGCUUUUACUUUGGCUACAUGGGACUCUUUUGCUUUGCGUUUUUCAUCAUGUGCGGCUCGAUCGGGUACUAUGGCAGCAGCGCGUUCACGAAGCGGAUAUACCGCAACAUCAAGAUCGAGUGAAAGACGAUAGCCAACGACGACAUGGUGUCUUGUCCCGUG